AUGGAUCAGUGGACGGGUGUGCACCGGGCGUUCGUCAUCCGCGCCUACUACAAGAGCAACGACUCCAUCAGCACCGCCCAGCGGCUCUUCAAGAAACAGUUCAGCAUUUACCAAACGCCGCCCACGAAUGUCAUCAAAUCCUGGCUAAGGCAUUUCGAGAGCACCGGAUCCUCGCAAGGAGGGUGCUAUGCCAGAUCCUCCCUACCGCAAAUCUUCUGCACUAUUUGCAAUCAAUGCCUAAGUAAUGAGAAGAACUUUACCAGCUCCGUGAAGUGAUGGAGAGUGUUUGCGUGUUGAAGGACUCCAAAUAUAGAUUAAGAUGUUUAUGGCAUAUAAGUUAGUGUGUACGAUUCGCAAAUAAAUUUCUUGGCUAAUUAACAAGCUUGCCAAAUCAACACAAA